CUGAAAUGACAACCCGGCUGUCAGCCAUGUUCUACACGGUCGAGGUCGGGGACACCAAGUUCACUAUCUUAAAACGAUACCAGAACCUCAAGCCCAUUGGUUCUGGCGCGCAAGGAAUUGUUUGAUUAUUAUGAUUUGUUUCCUUGAUUUUUGGAUCCAUCUCUGGAAUUUUCAAAAGUAUUGUCCUUGUCGUUGGUUUGGUAGCUAUUCCUAGUUAAACAUGCACUGAACGAACGCACAUUCUAACGAAUAUUGUCGAGAAAAGAGAAAGAAAGAGAAAAAGAGCUUUUAUGAGGAUCACUGACAAAGGUAUGGAUAACGCAAUUGGGAAUAUGUUGCGUUCAGCAGCCAAUCAUAAGGCCGAGUAUCGUCGACACGUUUUUGGUGAUACGGUCCUUUGUGUGCCUGAAAGAUAUAUCCAUGUUGAACCGAGAGGAGUUGGGGCGCAGGGCAUUGUAUGCGCCGCUUUUGACACUGUCACAGCUCAAAAUGUGGCGAUCAAGAAGCUUUCUAGACCUUUUCAAAAUGUGACGCACGCGAAAAGAGCGUACAGAGAGUUUAAGCUGAUGAAAUUGGUGAACCAUAAAAAUAUUAUUGGACUCUUAAAUGCGUUUACGCCACAACGGUCGUUGGACGAGUUUCAAGAUGUCUACCUCGUGAUGGAGUUGAUGGACGCCAAUCUGUGCCAAGUAAUCCAGAUGGAUCUGGAUCACGAGCGCAUGUCGUAUUUAUUGUAUCAAAUGCUCUGUGGUAUUAAGCAUUUACAUUCAGCCGGAAUCAUUCAUAGGGAUUUGAAACCUAGCAAUAUUGUGGUCAAGUCGGACUGCACAUUAAAAAUUUUGGACUUUGGCCUUGCUAGGACCGCCGGCACGACAUUUAUGAUGACACCGUACGUCGUCACACGAUAUUAUCGAGCACCAGAGGUAAUCCUUGGUAUGGGAUACAAGGAGAACGUAGACAUCUGGUCCGUCGGUUGUAUCAUGGGCGAAAUGAUACGAGGUGGAGUCUUGUUCCCUGGAACAGAUCAUAUUGAUCAGUGGAAUAAGAUUAUAGAACAAUUGGGAACACCGGCUCAAGAAUUUAUGCAACGAUUGCAGCCGACGGUGAGGAAUUACGUCGAGAAUAGGCCACGAUAUCCUGGUUACCCUUUUGAAAGAUUGUUUCCAGAUAUCCUAUUUCCGUCCGAUUCGUCGGAACACAAUAGGUUAAAGGCGAGUCAAGCGAGGGAUUUACUCUCGCGUAUGUUGGUCAUUGAUCCAGAGCGUCGUAUCUCAGUUGACGAGGCUUUACUUCAUAAUUACAUUAACGUUUGGUACGAUGAAGGCGAAGUUAACGCUCCUGCACCGGGUCCAUACGAUCACAGUGUCGACGAGAGGGAGCACACGGUCGAUCAAUGGAAGGAAUUGAUCUACCAGGAAGUGAUGGAGUAUGAGACAAGUCACAAUCCUGUUGCAACUGCACAGUCGUCAGAUACGGCGGGAUCUCGGUAGAUAAACCGAAAAUUUCUAGUUCUUUGAGUCCAAGUGUUACACCAAUAAGAAGAAGAAAGAGACAGUCUGAAUCUAAUUGAAUAGAAGGCACGACAAACUCUCUCUCUCUCUCUCGGUAUUUACAAAAAAAUAUAUAUAUUUCAUUUAAUCGCCAAAGCCUCUCUCUCCCCCUUUUGAGUAAAAUUGCUUCACGCGCCUACAAUGCAAUAAAAUUUUCACAAUUCUGUGAUAUUGAAAACGCGUUCUUAUCAAGGGGGACGAGGAGGCGUUUUUUUCCCAAUCGAGAAAAAAAUUGGUGCGUUUUUUGUUUUCUUGGGAAAAAAUAGGGACAAAUCUUCGUUUGGCUACGCACAAAGAAAACACGUGAACGGCUCUUUUUAGACAAAAAAAAAAAAAUAACAAGAAAAAAUACGUAUUUUCGCGGCGUAUUUUUAAAUCACUCUCUGCUUUUCAUCAAUUUUCCGUCGAGACAAUCCACUAUUAAUGGAACGUUACAGGAUGUAUGAAAUAAUGAUGAUAGUUAGAUAACGUUGAACCUUAUGUUAAACGAGUAAAUUAUUAUUAAGACACAUGUCGCCGCUGCUCUCACGCUCGACACGUUUAUCAAGAGCGAUAAUUAUUUAAAAGAAAAAGGUACGAGAAAAAACACGGGAUAAAGUACAAAAAAAAGGAAAAAAAUUGAAAUUACCCUAUUACCUUUUUUUAAAAUGUAUUUUUACUAAUUGUUAGUGUAUUUUAAUUGUUCAUU